ACCAGAUCUCGUCUUCUUCCAGAACGGGAUGCUGGAGCCGUGGCUGGAGAGCAAGGGCCUCGCCGGCGCCAACCAGGUGCUCGCCUACUUCGUGGUCUCCAAGCUCGGGGAGCCCCCCGUCGACGGCAUCACCGACGCCAACCCGGAGGGCCUCACCGCCGCCUUUGGCAACUGGGCCCCCGCCGUCGCCGCCAGGCUCCAAAACGGAGGCCUCACCUGCAAGGUGCUUGACAAGGACGCCUUCGAGAAGCAAAUGCUAGAGAAGCUCAUUUGGAUUUCAGCCUUCAUGCUCGUCGGAGCUCGUCAUCCGGGGGCCACGGUUGGCGCGGUCGAGAAAGAGUACCGGUCCGAGGUAUCCAACCUCAUAGCUGAAUUGGCAUCAGCUGCGGCUGCAGAGCGAGGGCUUGCACUACAAGAAAUAUGUUAA